AGCCUGACAGGAACCACUGAUGAUCCUGUCGUGCAAGAGAGCACCUGCCUCCCUGAGAUGAUCCUGGUAAAGGCUGGAGAUGUAGAGCAAAAUCCAGGUCCAUUCGAUGGAGCAGCGAAUAUUCAAGAACAAGAACUAGUAAACCUGGCGUACGAUGUACCUUCAUCAAAAUACACAGAUUUGUGCAUUGCACUUGGUGUACCAUACAAUCAGAGCCAAACCAUUCUUGACAGACAUCUCUUAGAUUUCACAAGAUCACUGAAUGCGGUAUUCUUUAAGUGGAAGGACAGACAGAGGGAUGGCACAGAUUGUCGUCAAGGUAUAGCUACGGCGCUCCGUGGUGUUAACCUGGAUGCAUUCGGUGACAAAAUGUCCAAAGGUGGCUAUCUCCCGCAAAAAGCAGCUCCAACUGAAUCAACAGUAGAAGACGAAACACAACCACUUACAAAAGAACAGGUAGAUCAAUGUGCUCAGGAUUUCAAAACUUUCUACCGAACACGGUUAUGCAAGAUCAAGACGGAUCCACUUGACUUCAAAUCUAUUUUAGAGUUCGAAAGGAUUUACACGAAUUUAGUUCUGCUAAAAAACGAAAUGGGAACCACUACUGGGAAGACGCCCUUAGACUACGCCGAACUACUUACAACAAAAGUCAAUGGAGUAUUUCCAAAACGUCUCAUGGUGGAAGGCGACGGAGGAGCAGGUAAAACAACAUUCUGUUCCAAGAUGGCAUGGGACUGGGCGGAAAGAACUAAGGAGUUUGAAGAGUUCGACUGGGUUUUGGUUAUUCCUUUUCGAAACACCAAGGAAGGUCAGACUGUAGGAGAAAUAGCAAAGACAUAUCUGUCAGAUAGCAACACGGUUCAACCGCGCCAGAUCGAUAAAUACAUACUGUCUGCCCCUACAAAAGUGUUUAUCAUAUUUGACGGACUAGACGAGUAUGAAGGGGAUAUCCUUAAAGAGAGUUCAGAUAUCGCCAAGAUUCUUCGGUCAGAGAAGUUUGUGGAAUGUAGAGUCAUGGUGACAACACGCCCGUGGAGAGCAUUUCCAUUCAAAUCCCAUGAAAUUAUGAUGCAAACAUUUGCAUUUCUAGCCAUAGCUGGGUUUGAUAAAGAAAACAUUUCGAUUUAUAUCACUAAAUAUUUUCAGGAUGACCCGGCAGGAUAUGAAUUGAUAAAGUAUAUAGAAAGCAAUGACCAGAUUCAAGAAAAUAUGGCUCCAUUCCCACUUUACAUAGCGAUGCUUUGUAUCUUAUGGCGGACUUCUGAUGCCGACAAACGAAAUAUAAUUCGGAAACUUAAAACGUUCUCCCAGCUGUUCACUGCGAUAAUAAUUUCCCUCACAGACCACUACUUGACAAAACAGCACCAGAACCCUAACGAUAAAAUCCUUACAAAAAAGGAGAUGAAAAAUUACCUAUCACAAAUUGGAAAAAUUUCUUACUCUGGAGUUUUAGAAAAAAGGCUGAUGUAUACCGAAAAUGAUUUCAGCGGAUAUAAUGAAGCAAUGGAGGCAUGUUGUAGGAUAGGAGUACUGAGUCGAGACAUUCUUAUAGUGCCAAGACAGGAAAGGCGUCUGAUAAGUGGAAGAUCAUGUGGUCCGACAGUUUCCCGUGACCUAGCAGAUGUCAUCUGCUCAUCUACAGCAUUAACAGCAUUGGAACUCAGUGGCACAGCGCUCCAUGACGACUGCUAUGGCACCCUGGAGAGUAAAGUCAAAACGUCAAAGGUAUGGAGAAUCAUCACAGAGAGUAUGAAUGAGGCGGACUGA